CAAGAAGAAGGCACAAAAGCUUCUUUCUUUCACGGUUGCAGUGAUUAUUUUUUAUGUGAGUGAAAGUCUUUGCUUAUGUAAAUUAAAAAAAAUGGCAGCCACAGAGAGGACGUAUUUAACGAGACCAACUGAUCCUCCUCGUUAUGUCGAGUUUGCAGGGAUUUUAAGGACAAGGCGAAAUAAAAUUAGACAAUUUCAAUGCUGCAUUUGCGCUUGCUUUUUAACACUUUUCGUGGUGACAUUGGUGGGACUCGUCAGCUACUCAAUAAGCCAAAAUCCUAUGAACAAUUUGACAACCACAACAAAUUUAACAUCAGCACCUAAUCUUUUAAAAUCUUCAGGACUUGAAUUGGAUUCAGUCUCUUCAGAUGUAAAUCCAGCUUUCCUUACAGAUGAGGAAACAAUCGUAGGAAUUGAAGCAGGAAAUGAAGCAAUUAAAAGCCGACGCAUCUCUGACACUUUCGCAAAACCACUACCAUCACCAUCACCAGAUUUUCGUCAUCAGUUUGCCGUCAGUACAAGUUCGCAUGCUGAUGAAUUGGCGUUAGCUGGAAUCGGCGAAAUAGCAGCCACAAGAAAAAUAGAAAAUUCAAGGUCACAACUUGGGAAACCGUCUUCUAUGGGAAGCUACUUUAAUGGUGGUUGGGCACGUGAAGGUUCUUGUAAAGAAUUUACGAAAAUAAACUGUAAACCCAGCAAGUAUAGAACUUACGAUGGUACUUGUAAUAAUCCUAAUCAGUGGGGAUCAGCGAUGUCUCCUUACAGAAGAAUCUUAAAACCUGCUUACGCUGAUGGAAUUAAUUCACCAAGGAAAAGUGUUUCGGGAGAACCACUUCCAUCUUCUAGAGAAGUUAGUCUGAAAGUACAUCCACCAUCUCCAAGUGCAAAUCCAUCCUUCACGGUGAUGUUGGCUGUUUUCGGACAAUUUUUGGAUCAUGAUAUGACGGCAACAGCAGUUAGCCAAGGAGUUAAUGGAAGUUCAUUGUCUUGCUGUUCACCAUUUAGUAAUCACCCGGAGUGUUUUCCGGUUGAGGUUGGACAUGGAGACCCAGUUUAUGAUGUUGGAGGUAUUUCUUGUAUGGAGUUCGUACGAUCAGCACCUGCACCUCAAUGCAAAAUAGGUCCUCGUCAGCAACUCAAUCAGGUCACUGCUUUCAUCGACGGAUCAACAAUUUAUGGUUCGGAUUCCCAAACUGCCAAAAGCUUACGAGAGUUUCAACGUGGUCGAUUAAGAAUGCAAGUCACUUCAGACAACAGGACACUUUUACCUCGAAGUACAAACAUUAACGAUGGUUGCAACAGAGAAUUAGAACUAAAAAGAGGUCGUUACUGUUUCACAGCAGGCGAUGGAAGAGCUAACGAGAAUCUUCAUCUUACAACAAUGCACGUAUUGUGGGCCAGGCAGCACAACAAACUAGCCAAUAGGCUUGCAGAAAUCAAUCCUUCAUGGGAUGACGAAAAGCUUUAUCAAGAAUCUCGCCGCAUUAUUGGUGCUCAACUUCAACACAUUGCAUACACUGAAUUCGUUCCUAUUGUCCUUGGUGAAACAGAAACAAACGCGAGGAAACUAAGACCUCUUAAAUCCGGAUUCCGAAAGGCAAAUAUGACUGUCAAUCCAGAACUAGCGAAUAAUUUUGCUGCAUCAGCUUUUCGGUUUGCUCACACUCUACUUCCUGGAUUAAUGAAAGUCACAAAUGCCGAAAAAGGUACAACCAGUUAUGUAGAAUUACACAGAAUGUUGUUCAAUCCCUAUAGUCUCUAUAGUCAAGGAGGAGUUUCUAAUUCUGUGACCAUGGCGACAUCGAAUUUCAUUCAGCAGACAUCAACUCAUGUUACUUCUCAGCUGACUAGACAUCUCUUUGAAGACCCUUCGUCUAAUAAAACAGUUCCUUGUGGAUUAGAUCUUGUUUCGUUAAAUGUUCAGAGAGGACGGGAUCAUGGAUUGCCAGGGUAUUCAAAGUGGAGAGAGUAUUGUGGAUUAAAGAAGUCAGAAACCUUUUCAGACUUGAACGGGGACCUUGAUCCGGAUGCUUUGGAUGCAAUUUCAAAGUUGUACUCUAGUGUUGAUGAUAUCGAUCUCUAUACGGGGGCUUUGGCUGAAGUUCACAAAUCUGAUGGAAUAGUGGGACCUACAUUUACUUGCUUGAUUGGAGAACAAUUUGAAAGAACACAGCAAGGGGAUACCUUCUGGUACGAGAAUUCAAAUCAGCCAGGUUCUUUUACUGAAGAUCAACUAAAGGAGUUGCGGAAGACAUCCUUGGCGAAGCUUAUAUGUGAUUGUUCAGACGACAUAACUAAAAUCCAGUCUGAAGUCAUGAGAUCAGAAAAGCUUAACAAUCCAAUGAUUUCAUGUGAAGAUCUCCCUGGACCUUCUUUAGAAGCUUGGAGGGAAGAUUUAAAACAGACUUAUGAAGAGCUAAGUAUAGAAAAACCAACCGAAGAUUGGUUAGCUUUCAAAAAAGAUAUUAAUAAUACAGUUCAGUAUAUCGUAGAUAUUAUAAAAGCAAAAAAACCUUCACCAAUGAGUCCAGAGUACAUCAUAUUCCAAAAAGAAAUUAAUGACUCCCUUACUGAUUUCAAAAAUGAACUUACUGCAUUACACACACAAAAAACUGAUUCAUUAAAUGAUAUUCAAUCAUUAAACGUUAUAAAAACCUACAUAAAUAAUUCAUUAGAAGAAGCUAAUAACCAAAUAUCACUCACUGCUAAGAAACCUUCAGUUAUUGGUGAUUGGGUAGCUUUUAAAACCAAUAUUAUCAAAUCUCUUAAUGAUAAUCUUGAAAAUUUUAGAGAAACUUCAUCGAACACUACAGAUUGGUUAGCCCUUAAAACUAAAAUAAAAGAUCAGGUUCAGGAUAUAAUAGACCAGGUUGCUCUUAUAAAGAAUCAAAUUAUUGAUAUGAAGAAAAAUCCAUUCUUGCAAGAAUCCAUUAAUGCCGAAGACACAGAUUGGAAAAAUUUUAGAGCUGAUAUUGUGAAGUUUGUUGAUGAGAUUCUUGAUAAAAUUAAAGAUAAUAUGCCAUCACCAGAAGAUCCUAGUUGGGCCACGUAUACCAGAAACAUCAAGAAUCAGUUUUCCAAUUUCAAAAAUCAAUUUAAAAGUCUAAAAUCGGAAAAUUCUAACGAAGAACUUUUGAUAAAAACAUCGCCAGAUGUUUUCGCAAAAGAUGAAAGUCCAGAGGGGCUGAAAUUCAAAAGUGAUCUUAAUGAAACUGUAGAUAUGAUGUUUCGGGAUAUUGAAGGCAAUGCACCACCAACUGGCGAUCCUGCAUGGACAGAUUACAAAAUGAAGAUUAUGGACAAGUUAUCAAAAUUUAGAUAUGAUAUACCUACGAAUUCUAGGGUUUUAAUACAAAUGACACAAGAUGGUACUGUAUUUGAUUGGAUGGCUUUCAAAGCAGACUUGAACCAAUCCUUAAGUGAAUUAUUUGUUGAAAAGAAAGCUGGUAAGCUUGCUCCGGGGGAUCCAAGAUGGGCACAAUUUAGGAAUAACUUUAACAAAUCAAUGUCUUCUUCGAAAUAUACAAUUGCUGUUUUGAAUUUAACUUUAGAAGUACCUUCAAGUGCUGAUUGGAAGAGUUUUAGAGAAGAUUUGAUGGAAUCUAUAAGGGAUGUGGUUCUGUAUAUUAAAGAAAAUGCACCACCUCCUGGAAGUCCAGAUUGGGUACAAUUUCGUAGAGUUGUUAGGAAUAGGUUUGCAGAAUUAAGAAAGCAGUUCGAUAUUCGAAAAUCGGAGCUUUUGCUAAAAGCUACAGCUGAUGGAACAGCAGAUGAAGCACAAAUUAAUGCUACAAGAAAUGACACAAAAAACUAUGAAAUGAAUUUUAACUGGGUUUCUUUUAAAGCUGAUUUGAACAAAACGCUUCUUGCUCUGACGACAGAAAACAAUUCUGGAAAGUUUUUUCCAAGUAAUCCUAAAUGGGUUGAGUUCAAAAAUGAAGUUAACAAAUCUGUUACAAUUUUUAAGAAUAAGGUUGCUGACCUCCCUCCGAAACCUACGGGACAGGAAUUGCUGCGGUUGAGAAAUGAUUGGGCUGAUUUUUCUUCUCAGAUCAAUAAAUCUCUUGCAGAUGCAAUCAGGAUAUUUGAUAAUAAAGCACCACCAGGAGAUCCGGACUGGAAAAGCUUGAGAGAUUCCCUAAAGAAUAACUUUGCAGAAGUAAGAGACGAAAUUGCAGAAAUUAGAGUAGAGUGGUUAUCAAAAUUAAAAGAAGAUGCCAUUGGUCAGUCCGAAAAUGAAUUAGAGAGUCUUCAAGCUACAACUAAGAAGUCAUUUUCUGAUUUGAAAACUCGAAUCGAAAAUUUGAAACUAGAUCCUAUACCUUUUGAUAUCACCGAUGUAAAUUGGAUAUUGUUUAAAGAGACUAUAAAUAAAACAGUGAUGGAUUAUAUUAAUUCGAUUAAUCGUAGUGAUUCAGAGGAGUGGGUAAAAUUUAGAGAUAUGGUAGAUAGGUCUGUUACUGAUUUAAAAUAUGAGGUUGAUGCUUUGAGAAACUUGAUUGAUGAGGCUCUUAAGAAAACUGAACAACAGAAAAAUUGUUCAAAUUCCAGUAAAGAAAGGUGGACAAAUAAAAUGGAAAUGAAUGAUACAAUGACGAAUUCUAGAAAAAAAGUAGCAGAUCUUAAGUCAGUUGAUGAUUUAAAAUGGAACGAAUAUCGAAACUCGGUUAAGAGAAAUUUUAAGGAAUUACAUGAUUCUAUAAAUAGUAAAAAACUGAAAUUAAAUUUACUACAAUCUUCAGGAACAAGAGUGUAUUUAACAUUUUUUGACAGAAUGAUUUUGGUAAGGUUUGUAUUAAUUGCAACUUUGGUAACAUUGUAAAUAUAUUGUCUUUAGUCUGUAUAGAGUGGUUCAAGAUUUAAAAUAAAAUUGUGGUCUGAUUUUUUAUAAGCUUUGUAAAGAGAAAGUAUAAUAUAUAAAUUUAAUUAUGUUACUAUUGUAGCUAUGGAAAGUAAGUGUUUUAUGUAGAAUGGAAGUGUAAAUGAAAUAUAGUAAAAGUAUUUUCAAAGGAUCUGGUCCUUAAGCAAAAAUUCGGGAUGAAGUCCAGUAAGAGUUUUGGAUAAGAAAACAUAAAGAAAUGAUAAACAUCUAAUGUUGGUGGAUCCAGAAAAAUACUUAAUUUCUAUUGAUAGUUCUUAUGGAUAGAAAAAUAUAUUUGCAAGGAUGUGAAUAAAGUCAUUUUAAAAUAAAUUUAUCUGAAAAAAAUUUCAUUUAUCUGAAAAAACUUGAUUUUUAUCCCGGAAUGACCUAACACUUUAUUUUUUGUUCAUUUAGUAUAUAAUAAAUAAGUGGAAUAUAGUUUAAAUAAUGUAACCUGUUAUCUUAAAGAACUAAGAAGCCAGACUUAACAGAAGAGCUGCGCCUCGUUUGAUCCAAAAAUCAGAUCCUUCUGAACCAGUUUUUAGAUCAACAGUUACAAUAUAUGCCGGUCUGCCUUGGUUCCCAUUUCUUUGGGGGUAAUAG